GCGGUAUAAUAUCUGCUGUUCGGUCGUUGCGGUGGCCAAUGUCCUCUUUGAUUUCGACCGUUCGAGCGAAAUUCUUGGAUGCUAUCCGGUCGGUCAACCCUCCUGGAAGAUGGAAGAUCCUAGUCGUGGACGAACACUCGCAGAAGCUGCUAGGCUCCGUGCUCAAGCAGUUUGACAUCCUACAAGAGAAUGUAACAUUGAUCGAGUCCAUCACGAACUACCGCGAUCCGCAGACCUUCGAGGCCAUGUACCUCCUCAUGCCGACGACGCAGAACGUCGAGCGCAUCAUUAACGACUUCUCUAACGGAAAGCAGCAGUACGCCGGCGCACACCUGUUCUUCAUAGACGGCCUCCCGGAACACCUUUUCGAACGCUUGACUUCGUCACCUGCGGAGCCCCACCUGCGGUGUCUGCAAGACCUGUACAUUAACUUCUGGGCCAUCGAAGCCCAAGCGUUCUCCCUGAAACAGCCGGGCCUCUUCUUCAGCUUCUUUAGCCCCCCGCGCAACGAGUCCGCAUACAAGCCCGCGCGCGCGCGAUUAGAAGAGGACGUGCGCUUCGCCGCCAAAUGCAUCGCGAACCUCUGCAUCACCCUCAAUGAGUACCCCUACAUACGAUAUUACAUGCCGCCCCACCACCCGCCGCUCGGCGCACUCAAGCCGCACGUGGACACCCGGCCUCCGCCCCCGCCAGAGGCGGCGGGGCGCUGGCGGACGCAGCUCGCGCGGGGUUCGGAGGCCCGGGCGUACGAGUCCGUCGAGACGGAUUUUCUCACGAAACUACUCGCGUUUAGCGUACAGGAUGCCCUGGACGAGUAUAAGAGGAAUAACUCUGAUUUCCCGAAGAAGUCGGAGCGCGGACGCGCCACGCUCAUCAUCACAGACCGGUCGAUGGAUAUGAUGGCUCCCUUUAUCCACGAAUUCACAUACCAAGCCAUGGCGAACGACUUACUCCCUAUAGAGGAUGGGACGAAAUACACGUACAAGUUCCAGUCUUCUUUGGGGUCCUUUGAGAACAAGACGGCGACGCUAACGGACGAAGAUACUGUUUGGACGGAUGUCCGGCAUAUGCACAUGCGCGAAGCGAUUGAUAAGCUCAUGGCGGACUUCAAUAAGUUUAUGCAAGACAAUGGUGUCUUCCAGGGGGAGGGAGCAGCGAGUCUUACAGACAUGAAGGACAUGCUAGCGAACCUGCCGCAAUACCAAGAGCAGCGCGAGAAGUUUUCCCUUCACCUGAAUAUGGCACAAGAAUGCAUGGCCAUAUUUGAGAAAGACAAGCUGCCCGCUGUAGCCAACGUCGAGCAGUGCUGCGCUACAGGCUUGACUGCCGAGGGCAAGAGUCCCAAAAACCUGGUUGAAGAGAUGGUCCCCCUCUUAGACAGCCGAGAAGUUAUCAACCUGAACAAAGUGCGCAUCGUUGCGCUUUAUAUUCAGUACCGGGAUGGUGUUCCGGACGAGGAUCGGCGACGACUAUAUCAGCAUGCGAGGCUGUCUCUGCCAGAACAGGAUGCUGUCAAUGCCCUCGUACACAUGGGUGUCCGAAUUAGUAGGGGAGCGUCCGAUCGCGACACAAAGAAAAAGAUCAAGCAGAAAUCGUCUCAGGACGAGGAGUACGAGUUGUCCCGAUUCAAACCUCUAGUGAAGACGAUAGUUGAGGACCAAGCUGCGAACAAGCUCGACCCGUCGAUGUUCCCGUACGUGAAGGACGCGCCUAUGGCCAACGCUCCUGCUGCUGCGAGUCUGCGUUCCGCGCCUCCCCAGGCAACCUCCCUCCGAAGUGCCAAACCGAGCUGGCACAGGGCGGCCAAGCCGGGUGGGGCAUCUGGGGCUGAUAACCGACAGCGUCUGCUGUUGUUCGUUGCUGGCGGUAUGACUUACUCGGAGAUGAGGGAGGCGUAUCUCCUGUCCAACUCGCUGAACAAGGAAAUUAUCAUUGGAUCUACCCAUGCAGUAGCUCCUCGACAGUUCGUCGACGACCUCAAGGUUCUGGAACUGGGCGGGGUCGGAUCCAAGCACAUUCCGAAUGGCUUACCCGAGCAUAAGGGUGGUCAGCGGACCUUCCAAGAAUAUUACGAUGAGAAGUACUUCUCUCGAGAUGCCCCACCACCUCAGCGUCCAGCUGCCCCGCCGGCUUCAAAGAAAGAGGAUCGCAGCAGGCUUACCAGGCCCUCACAGACGUCCUUCGCUGACUCCACGAUAUCGGUAAACAGCAUCAGCGGGUCAAGCGUGCAGAAGGAAGAGAAGAAGAAGAAGAAAGGGCUGUUCCGAUUCUAA